AUGUACGGCUUGAUAAUCGACCAUAUUGCAACCUAUAUCAAGGAGAAGUACGGUGAAUCCACUUGGCAAGAAGUAAAGUUUGUUUCUGGAGUCACUGAUGAUGCUUUUCAAAUGGAUAAGAAGUAUUCGGAGGGAUUAUCACACAAGUUGAUAUGGGCUUGCCACGAUGUCACUGGAGAUCAAGUUGAUGAGUUGAUGAGUAAUAUUGGGACAAGCUUCUAUAAAUUUCUCACUAAAUAUGAGUUCAAUAAGGUCUUGCGAGUCCUCGGCCGCACAUUUCCGCAAUUCCUAAACGGAUUGGACAAUUUGCAUGAAUACCUGCGGUUUACGUUUCCCAAACUCAAACCCCCAUCAUUCUACUGCGAACACGAAAGCCGUACCGGUUUGACACUUCACUAUAGAAGUAAACGCCGUGGAUUUAUGCAUUACGUGCAAGGUCAAAUUCGCAACAUUGCCCAAGAACUAUUCCAAACGGAAGUCGUCAUCGAGUUGUUGGAUAUCGAGCAUGACAUGAAUUUAGAACAUGUCAUUAUGCGUUUGCAUUUCAACAAUCUUGAUUUCAACAGACAGAAUACCGCAUACCGUAAUCUAAACGAUUCGAUUCUCGAGAAGGUGAAGAUCACAUCCGACAUCUUUUUCGACAUUUUCCCAUUCAUCAUCGUCUUCAAUCGCGGAAUGCGAAUAAGAAACAUUGGAAUCGGUCUCCUACGAGUGAUGGCCGGUGUCGUUGGGAAGAAGAUCAAUCAAACGUUUCUUCUGAUGAGACCUUUCAUCAGAUUCCGUUGGGAAGAGAUCAUGCUACAUUCAAACAAUAUUUUUGAGUUAAUCUCAUGUGAACCGAUUCAAGAAGAUGAGGAUGGAAUUUUAGUGUACAAGACAACAGAUACCGAUCAAAUGACUGAGGAACGUCAUAGAAUGGGAGACCAGGAGCGCGAAAAAUUCCUGUCCCUCAAAGGCCAAAUGUUCUAUAUGGAAGAAUGGGAGAGCAUUUGCUAUGUUGGCAUUCCUGUGUUAGUGCCAUUCUAUUUUCCUGUAAAUUUCCAGAACCCCUAUUUCAGCAUGAGUCACUUGCCACAAAUGUACAAGUCCGGUCUGUUUAUCAACGAUUUCGCACUGCACGACUCGAGUCGAGAUCUGGUGCUGGCCAGCACUCAACAAGCUGCAGAACUCAAACUACUUUUGCACCAGGAAGCGCAAAAAAGUCGUAACAUGAGAGAGAAUAUGAAUCGCCUGAAGAAAGAGCGUCGGCGAACCGACAAACUGCUUUAUCAAAUGUUGCCAAAAAGUGUGGCUAAUCAGUUAAGGAAUGGCGAGAGCGCUGUGGCAUGUUGCGAGAGAUUUGAUUCAGUGACCAUUCUUUUCACCGACAUUGUAGAAUUCACUAAAAUGUGCAGCUCACUGACACCGCUGGAAGUCAUUGAGUUCCUAAAAGUGAUCUAUACCAAUUUUGACAAAAUCAUUGAUGACCACGGAGUGUACAAAGUUGAAACUAUAGGAGACGCUUAUAUGGUCGUCAGCGGGGCACCGACAAAAACCGAGCACGAUGCCGAGUUCAUUUUGGAUUGUGCCUCGCAAUUCCUAAUUGAGGCUGCAAAAAUGGUCAACAUGAAUGCAAAAGUUCCACGUAUUGAUAUCCGCGCCGGUGUUCAUUCCGGAGCUGUGGUGGCUGGUGUGGUAGGGUUGAGCAUGCCCAGAUAUUGUCUUUUUGGGGAAACCGUGUAUGUGGCAAAUAAGAUGGAGCAGAGUUCAAGUCCAAUGAAAAUUCUGGUCAGCGAGACAACGCACAACAAAAUCGAAGAAUCGGAUCCCGGCCUCUAUCAGUUUGAGAUGAGGGAUGAGAUUGAAAUUAAGGACGACCAAACCAUCCAAACGUUCUUUGUAGUCUCUAGACAUGGUCCACCGCGAAUACCAUCUCCUAGAAAUUGUGAAAGUCGGCAAGAUGAUUCGGUCAAUGAGGAUGAUGAAGAUGAUGAUCUCAUUUUUCCAGGGAAAUCUGGCAGAAAAUCGCCGACAAGCGAGGCGGAAGAUGAACUCAAGAAGAAGGGACAACUAUCGUACACACCUGUUUCUGAUGCUGGCAUCGAAAAUCAUUCGAUCGGCUCCAACCGUACCCCACGCCAAUCAAUCACUUCAAAGAUUUGA